UGGACAACACAAAAUUGAUAAUAAUGUGACUAGAAAAAUUAUUAAAAUCAUUUUACAUUUAACUGAUUGAAACAGACAGUAUCCUAAUUUUUAAAAUAAUUUCAAAGUUGUAACUUCAGUAAAAGAAAUGGAUGCCGUACAAACUUCAUCGUGUGAAAAUGAUCCAAAGCCAGUUUUGAAAAACAAUAAAUGUGCACCAACACCAACACUUAUCAUAAAUAACCUUCACUCUGUUAGAAUACUAGAAGAAUUACAAUCUCAACGCAAAAAUGAAGUUCUAUGUGAUGUUAGAUUUGAAACAGAUGACGGUACUAUAGUAUACGGACAUAAAAUUGUUCUAAUGGUAGCUAGUUCAUAUUUCCGUGCAAUGUUAAGUAAUUUUGAUGAAAGCAAUAAAGAUGUUGUUAAUAUAAGAGAAUUAGACUCCACCGUCUUACAACUAUUAGUAGAUUAUAUUUAUACUGGAGAGAUUAUAGUGACAAAAGAAAAUGUACAGGACUUAUUACCAGCUGCAAACAUCUUGCAGUUAGAUUUUGUAAGUGCUGCGUGUGCAAAGUUUUUACAAAAACCACUGGAUGCAUCGAAUUGUCUUGGUGUCAGAGCGUUAGCUGACUUACAUAACUGAUUAGCUGUUUUAGAUGGUUUAUUGUAUGUUAUGGGCGGAAAAUUUAAUGGUACUGUAAAAAUUUACAACCCAAUUACCAAAACUUGGACCAUGAAAAUAUUGUCAAAACAUGAAAUUUUUGGUGGAGUAGUUUUCAAUAGACCAUCACAUCAUAAAUAAUCAGCAUAAAACAGAAUGUUCUCACUGUUGUUAAUAAUUUGAACAUAUUUAUAAAUAAUUCAUGAUGAUACGUGUAUUGUUCUAUA